AGCCAGAGGGCUCUGGCGACCGCACCUUGGUGACCGGUUUGCACUCUUCCCCAACAGCUGGAUGGGGACUUCGGAGGCGAGGGUGACCUGCCUGGAAGCGGAGCCCACAUGGAGAAGGCCCACAUCCCUGACCUACGCAGCCACCCAGGCCCGUUCCCCAGCACUGCUAUCACUUGGUGCCUUACUCAGGAAUGACUUAACCCAUGCUGGGUUUGCUGGUGGUGGUGAGGGAAAGUAGGGACACUGCCCAUGUUGUCUGAGGGUCACACAGCAUUUACAUCACAAUUGGACAGGAGUUUAAAAAUGUCUGGUCCUCUCCCUCCCUACCACCUGUGGCUGUGUCCAGACGGAGAAUGUUCUAGCCCUGGAGGCAGCUGUGAAUGAAGUCCUUGGGGGGAAAAGAAGCAGGCCAAGGGCGAUGGUGGAGUAGAGCUGCCUCGUGGAGGCAGCAUGAGCUGAGAGGGUGACAAGAAGGAGGCGCUACACAGCAUGGAGGACUUUCUACUCUCCAAUGGGUAUCAGCUGGGCAAGACCAUUGGGGAAGGGACCUACUCAAAAGUCAAAGAAGCAUUUUCCAAAAAACAUCAAAGAAAAGUGGCAAUUAAAAUUAUAGACAAGAUGGGAGGGCCAGAAGAGUUUAUCCAGAGAUUCCUGCCUCGGGAGCUCCAGAUUGUCCGUACCCUGGACCACAAAAACAUCAUCCGGGUGUAUGAGAUGCUGGAGUCAGCAGAUGGAAAAAUCUACCUGGUGAUGGAACUGGCUGAGGGAGGGGAUGUCUUUGACUGUGUGCUGAACGGAGGGCCACUUCCCGAGAGCCGGGCCAAGGCCCUCUUCCGCCAGAUGGUCGAGGCUAUUCGCUAUUGCCAUGGCUGUGGCGUGGCCCACCGGGACCUUAAAUGUGAGAACGCCUUGUUGCAGGGCUUCAACCUGAAGCUGACCGACUUUGGCUUUGCCAAGGUGCUACCCAAGUCACGCAGAGAGCUGAGCCAGACAUUCUGUGGCAGCACAGCCUACGCUGCCCCUGAGGUGCUACAGGGCAUACCCCAUGAUAGCAAGAAAGGCGACAUCUGGAGCAUGGGUGUGGUCCUGUAUGUAAUGCUUUGCGCAAGCCUACCUUUCGAUGACACAGAUAUCCCCAAGAUGCUGUGGCAGCAGCAGAAGGGGGUGUCCUUCCCCACUCAUCUGGGCAUCUCAACCGAAUGCCAGGACCUGCUCAAGCGGCUCCUGGAACCAGACAUGAUACUCCGGCCUUCAAUCGAAGAAGUUAGUUGGCACCCAUGGCUAGCAAGCACUUGAUAAAAGCAGUGGCAAGUCCUCCCCAAUAAAGUAGGGGGAGAAAGCAAACUGAAAA